AUGCGCAAUUUUCAACAAGCUUGGUUUAAAAAAUUUUGGUGGUUGGAAUAUUCUGAGAAAAAAGAUGUUGCAUUUUGUUUCCCUUACUUUCUUUUUAAUAAGAAACCUAUUAGAAGAGUCGGGUCAGAUACAUUUACCGUGACAGGAUUUAAUAGGUGGAAAAAGGUGAAUUGUGGCAAAGAUUGUGCUUUCAUCGUCCAUGAAGGUAAGACUCCGGCCUCAGCACAUAAUUUUUCUGUUAGAUGCUAUGAAGAUUUAAAAAACCAGUUGUGUCACAUAGAAAAUGUGAUUGAGAAACAAACGACUCAACAAGUUAUGGAUAAUAUAUUACGCCUUAAAGUUUCUAUUGAGGCUAUUAAAUGGCUCACAUUUCAAGCAUGUGCUUUAAGAGGUCAUGAUGAGCGACCUGACUCAAUAAAUCAAGGGAAUUUCCUUGAACUUAUAAAGUUACUUGCUUCUUAUAACAAGACUAUUGAUGAUGUUGUGUUAGAAAAUGCUCCUCAAAAUGCAAAGUACGCAUCACCGGAUAUCCAAAAAGAAAUAUUACGUGUUUUAGCUACAAAUGUACAAAAAGCCAUUCGUGAUGAAAUCGGGAUGGCACAAUUUUGUUUGAUAGUUGACGAGUCUCAAGAUGAAUCUAAGAAAGAACAAAUGGCUAUUGUUGUGAGAUUUGUUGACCGAGAAGGACAUGUCAAAGAAAGAUUUUUGGAUUUGAUUCAUGUCAAAGAUACAACUUCAUUGACCUUGAAAAAUGCAAUAAUGGGUUCAUUGUCUUAUCAUAAACUUAGUGUCCAAGAUAUUCGGAGUCAAGGAUAUGAUGGAGCUCAUAAACUUAGUGUCCAAGAUAUUCGGGGUCAAGGAUAUAAUGGAGCUAUUGCAGCGACUAAAGAUGUGACUGAGGUACAUAACUUCUUCAAAACCUUAAACUUUAUAGUUAAUGUCAUAAGUUCUUCUUCCAAGCAUACUGAUCAAUUACAAGAUGCUCAAAUUGUUGAAAUUUCUCAUUUAAUUGAGGUUGAUGAGAUUGAGAUGUUGACUGACAUUGCUACAAAAGGUUCUACAUCUUCUCAAAAAGAUAUUGUUAAUGCAUUGGUCUUGGUUUCCACAACAAAAAUAUUGCUUCAAAAACUAAGAGAUGAAGGUUGGCAAUCGCUUUUGCAUCAAGUGGUUUGCUUUUGUAAAAGGAAUGACAUUUUGGUUCCUGGUAUGAAUGAAACUUAUAGAUAUGUAAUUCGAACACGGCGUGAUAAAGAUGAUAUCACUGUAGAGCAUCACUACCGAGUUGAAUUGUUUAUUGCUGCUAUUGACAAGCAUGAAAUUAAUUUGCUGAAACUUGAGUUACGACAUUAUGAGCUAGAUGUGCGCAAUCACCCACAAUUGAAAAAUUCAUCUACAAUUUCUGAGUUGUGUAGGGGCCUACAUGAAACAGGAAAGUCAAGUAAUUAUCUUUUGCUUGACAGAUUGAUUCGCAUUAUAGUGAUGCUUCAUGUUUCUACCUUGACAUCUAAAAGGGCAUUCUCAGCAAUGAAAAUCGUGAAAACACGACUUCGGAUUACCAUGAAUGAUGAUUUUCUUAAAAGUUGUCUGCUUAUUAACAUUGAGAGAGAGAUUGCUGACACGUUUUCCACAUAUAAAAUUAUAGAUGAUUUUUCUUCUAUGAAGCAAAGACGGGCACAACUUAAAGUGAGCAAGGUUAAUACUUGA